AUGUACAUUUCUCUAUACUCCAAUGCCCCCCGCUCCUUUCUCUUUUGCGUCGUCGCUAAUGUCGGUCCCCGUGGCACCAGCCGCUCCCUGGCCGUGGCCUACCGCCAGGGCAGAGACAGCAAAAUCUUACCGUCAUCGUUAGAACGCAUGAACAAUGUCGUGGCAGACACCCUCGCGCUGAUCGAAAUUCUCUCCGAUCCCGCGAAUCGCGCGCCGCUUGAGGCGGAGAGGGCGCUCGCGGAGGACCGGUAUCGUCGGUUUCAGAGGGACAGCGAGGACGAGGGUAAUUGGCGGCCUAGCGUCCCAGACACAUCGCAGCCCCCUUUUGUCGUGCCGGACAGCAGCUACCGGGAGGAGCAGGCACAACCACUGCCCGACCUGCCGUGGCGUGAUGACGGGCCCAGGGAGUUCCCUUUUACAACAACCUGUCUUUUGCUAGGGUUGUUGCGCGACGAUGGCACGCGCCCCGGCGACAUCCAGCUCCAGCCGCUAUCCACUGUGUUCCGCGGCGACUGCAACGAGUAUGGCCUUAUCGUUCUUGACAUCUCCGACCUCGACAGCGGCGUCAAGUAUGGUAUCGUUGCCUUCCCCGUGCGAUACAUGGCCGAGGUUUUCUGCCACGGCCCUGACUGGGACCCCAUCGAAGACCAGCCGCCUGUGAAGGAACCCGACGUUGUGCUUGUCAGCCCGCGGCCUCGAGUGCCGUUGUCUAUUGUUCGGUGGAUACGCAAGUACUUGCACUGCGGAGACCCGGAAAAGGACCCCAACGUCCUCAAACUGGAGGAUAGGCCGGUUGUUGAUGGUACAGCCUUAGACUACAUCUGGCCACCGGAGCUUGAAGAUGAAGAUGAGGCCACAGUUGAAAUUCAGGCUAGGCCCCCUUCGCAAGGUGUUAUCUCCAGCAUCUCCAACUACUUCUGGCCUUCAAAGUCCACUUCCCGGGCCUCAUAUGCAUCGACCACAACAAUCUCGCAGUUGACCACGUUAGACGAGCCACUGCGAAAAGCGCACAUAAACCGUGCCAUCGAUAAUCUGCUUCUUCUCACACAGCAGCACGGCGACCUCCCCCUCGACAAAAAUACCAUCGAUAACUUCCAACAGCUUGCCGAGUUCCGCGAGCAGGUGCGGCGGCGACUCGAAGAGGUGCCCGACAGGCUAGGCCCGUCCGAGGUCUCGGUCCAUAUUCUGCGUGUUGCAUACGCCGGAUGUAUGCACCUGAACUGGGUCGCGUUUAGGAACCUUGCGCCCAACAUGAUCGCUGCCGCCGUUGCAUCCGACGAGCUUCGGGGUGCGUCUGCACUUAGCCUCUGCGUCGAUCAGUUCAAGCUGGAGAGAGACGAGGGUGACCUCGGUGAUCUAGCAGCGGUCCUGGCGCAGUCCACGGCUCUCAAACAGCUUUGUUUCUUGCAGAGACCGGACAGGGACAGUGAUGACGCUUCCGCUCAUUUCUGCACGCGGCUUUUGCUGCAAGGGAGGUCAUCAAGAGACUUGGGGUGGCUCCGCGACAAAACAAUCUAUCCAACUUUCGCCUUUUCGACACCCUUGCGCAGCCGUAGAUUUACAUCACCUUCGACAAUUAGUGCCUUUUUUACUUUCCCCGUUGUCCAAGUAUCUCCCGUAAUGCACAUAUUCACGUUUGUGGGCCAACGCAAAGAUGCCGCAGACGCACACCAUCACCUUCAAAAAAACCAGAACAGUUACUGCUACUAUAUCGACAUGAGCAACACCUUUCUAGAUGCUGAGCGGUUUAGCGUUCGGUUUCUCUCUUACCUCCGUUCCGUGGGUUCGGGUUCUAACAAGGCCGUCUUGCGAUUCGCAUACGAGGGGACCUCGUCACUCACUACCACCACCGACGGUGUUGACAACUUCCCCCCGCCUUCUGCUUCGUCAGCACUAUUCGCUGUUAGUCCCAUUCCCGCCGGAAUUCUUGGCAGUCACCUCGCAGCGAGAGUCCGAGUCAGAGAUAUACACCCCGGCAGCUGGGUGCUCCUUCUGGACCAACGAGGCCGCAGCUCAAGUGACGACGAGGAGGAGGAGGAGAAAGAGGAGGAGAAGGAUGCCGACGCCGACGACACCUUUCUACGUUACUGUUUUGUGAAAAUCCGUCGAUCCUCUGCCGAGAUUACACAGCAACAACAGCAAGGACGCCCGGUCCCUAACCUCGCCGAGGUGGUAGGCGGGCUAACAGAGUUCUUGCGCAAUACCGUGCCAGGUAUCGAUAUUUGCACGUGGGAGGAACGGGUCGAGCAGGCAGAGAAAGACUUCCACGCGCGGCGGGCUUCAGUUGAACCGGGCAAACGCUGCAUCGGCAUCAGCGUCAUGGCUGAGAGUCGUGCUCGGGCAUUGCUUGAGCAGUUACUGUGA